CGUAGGUGUCGUCGUCUUUUGUUUGCUGCUAUCCUUAUUUCAUUUGUAACAAGUGUUCUGUGUUUUAAUUUAGUAAUUUAUGAAGAGGUGCGUAUCAAUAAUAACUGAAUAAAAAAUGGAAGCUAAUGAUAAAAUUUUGUCAUUAGAACAGUUGCUGGAUAAAAAAAAUAAAUUAAUGAAUAUCAAAAAAAUUAUCCUUCAAGGACAAUUGGCUCAUGUUGACUCAAGAAGUACGUUGGAAUUUCUUAUAAUAUUUCAUAGGUAUCUUAGGGUGUUUUAACUAUUUGUGUCUUAAUUUGAUAGUUUCAUUAUACAGUGUCUAUGCUAACGGUCGACGAGUGAACAUUGCAAAUGCUCCGCGAGGGGAUACAACGCGCUUCGUGACAGAUAUUGGUUCGGGUUAGGUACUUAUUGCGAUAUGAAUCGUAUAAUAUUCUGCAUGUCGGUAGGUGUUGGAAAUGUUUUGUGUGCUUUGCUUUGUAAACGGGCAUGAUUUUAGUUUAUAGCGGGACUAUAACAAAUAGGUAUUAAUAACAGUAAUUUUAUUAAUUGCAAUGAAUAAACGACUUGCUCAUACCUUUAUUUAAUAAGGGUUAUAGCUACUAUGGAAUGGAAAAUUAACAAACUGUUGCAGCUAAUGGCAUAAAUUGCGAGCUAGUUUGUUUACAUUGUUUUUUUUUUCAGCUGACUCCAAUCCAGUAACGCCAAAUUCAAUCACGCUGCUUUCAGUUUCUCCACCACCAUAUUCACCAAUUACCCCACUUAAUAUGAAUAAAAAUAGUACCGAUAAAAAUUUACCAGUUAUUGUUGAUCCUGUCAUUUCGCAAGAAAUACAAGAAGACAUACGUACACUACGCUCACCAUCUCUAUUGGCAGCAAUGAUGAACAGCGUUUCACCAUUAUCAUCACCUGUUCCAGAAAUGUCUCCAGAAACACAGCAAUUAUUUCAUAUUUUCACUGAGCAUGAAGCAACCAACGAAGAUAAUGAUGUUUCAAAUCAUGUAGAUGUAAUUGAUUAUUGCGAUAGUGAUGACAGUGUAAGGGAUCCGGAUUACGUCUCGAAUAAUAACGGAAUAUAUAUAGAUGAAACGACCACCUCUUGUUCAUCUUUGAAUGAUAACGAAAGUCAUGAAAAAUUAACAGAAGUUAUUUUGCCUACGGCUGAUAUACCACGUUUUUCGGAAACUAGCAGACUUAACAGGGGCAGUAAUCGACAGUUUCAAGUUACUUCCAAACUACCAGAGAGGCGAUGCUCGGAAAACGACUUGCAGCUGAUGCAACCACCUGCAAAAAUAUUAAAAAGACGUGCUUCUGUGUCCGGUGCCAUAUUUUCAAUAAUUAAGUCUAGCUCCCCGAAGAAAAAGCAUGUUUCAAAUCCUAAUACCUGGAAAAGACAUAUCGAAAGGAAAAAACGUUUGAGAGGUAAAGCAUAUAAAACAAUCAAAGGAAAAUAUGUUGCGGCUGCGACGUUGAAGCAACCCAAGUGUCUGACAAAAGACAAACAUAAAUGCAACGCUAAUGUACCUGAAGAUGCGAGAAAAAUAAUUUAUGACUCAUUUCGAGCUAUGGAAUCAUUACAAGCACAGCGUCAAUUUAUUAUCCAACACGUUACAAAAGAAAAUAAGAAACGAUCUACUGUAAAUGGUCCAUCGCGCAAAGUAAGCACGCAUCAAUAUUGUUUUACAGUAAACAAUAGAAAAGUUACUGUAUGCAGAGAUUUCUUUUUAGACACUUUAAACAUCAAGGAAGGAAUAGUACGGGGUGCUUUAAAAAAGAUUUCUAAAGAAGGGGUUCUUUUAGCUGACAAAAGAGGCAAAAAACCUCCAUCUAACAAACUUUCUAGUGAGAGACUUGAUAGAAUUAAAAACCAUAUUUUUUCAUUUCCUACCAUGGACUCGCACUAUUGCAGAAAAAAUUCAGAGUUCAGGUAUCUAGAUUCUGGACUGAAUGUGACCAUCAUGUAUUCUUUAUACAAAAAAAAAUGUGAAGAUGAAGGCGAAAUCCCAGCAGGAAUAGAGACUUACCGGAAAGUCUUCAGGUCCUAUAAAUUAAAAUUCCAUGUGCCGAAAAAGGAUCUCUGCAAAAAGUGUGUUGCUUACAAGGAAUUAAAAACACAUGACCUGAGCAGCCCUGAAGAGGAAAAUCAUUCAAAACAUCUUAAGCGGCGCGAUGAUGCUUAUCUGCGUCGAGACGCAGACAAAACAGCAGCAAAGAAUGAUCCGAAGACUUUGGCAUUUAAUUUUGACCUACAAGCAGUCCUCCAAACUCCUAAAGGUGCGUCUGGACCAUUCUUUUAUGUUCGGAAAUUAGCUGUAUACAAUUUAACAUUUUAUAAAUUUGGCGAUCAAGACGUAGACUGUUUUACUUGGGACGAAACGGAGGGUAAACGGGGAAGUACUGAAAUUGCAACUUGUGUUUUUAAAUAUAUUUGUAGUAAACAAGGCGUAACACAUGUGAGAAUGAUGUCAGAUAAUUGUGGCGGCCAACAAAAAAAUUAUAAUUUUUGCUGUAUGUUGCUCCACUUGGUAACGAGUCAUUCCACAGUAAACAUAAUUGAUCAUGUUUUCUACGAGUCUGGACAUAGUCACAUGGAGUGUGAUUCUAUUCACUCGAAAAUAGAACAGAAAUGUAAAAAUACAGCAAUUUACACUCCAGAUGGGUGGAUACAGGUGAUGAGACUAGCCAGAACUAAUCCUCGGCCAUUUAAUGUGAAUGUCUUAGUUCAUGACGAUUUUUUAGAUUUCAACCCCAAUCAGUGUCAGUUUGUGGAAGCGAAAGAACAAAGUUCGAAGCGAAAGAAUAAAGUUAAAAGAAAUAAUGAACAAGAAGAUAAUGGAGCACUAGAGGAGACAAGACCUAAAGUAAAGAUAAAUUUCCAAGAUGCUGUAUGGAUUCAAUACCGUAAAGACAACCCUAAAUCAAUAUUUAUUAAAACUGACUACAAUGACGAGACCUUUAAAGAAUUUAAUAUAAAACCAAAAAGAGGAAAAAGUACGUGUAUAGUACCAAAAAAUAUUUACACAGAAAGAAUGCCUAUUUCCAAACAAAAAAAAAGAGAUCUGUUAAAACUCUGUACCGAUAACCAAAUCCCAAAAUAUUACCAUUCCUUUUAUAAAAACCUCCCAGAUUCGGAAGCUAUUGAAGAUCGCUUGCCUGAACCAGAUGUUGAAGAAGAUGAGAAACUGUAAGAGUACCUACAGUUUCUUUUUAUCUCACACAUCAAAUAUUUUUAUCUACGAUUUGAUUUUUUUGAUGAUUUCGAUUUACUUUGAUUGUUUUGUGAAAGU